AUGCCGAUGGAUUCUAACUUUGGGCGCUCGUUUCUCUUUCUUACCAACCUCGCGUGGAAGAUCCGUGUCGCCCUUCCCGCCCUGAUACUGGUCGGGUCGAUGGUUUUUGACUUUCGGUGGGAAAUUGAAAUUAACAUCCAUACUGAACGGAUCGCGCUGCCGGAUGGUGGCGCACGUCGGCAACGCGGCGGCGCUGGCGACGAGGUGGAUGGCGUCGGAGUGGCAAUUGACCACCUAAUGAUUGAGACAAGCGAUGAAGAAGAGUUCACGGAUGAAGAUUUCGAAGAAGGCGACGAUUAUUCGGACGAAAAUGACGAUGAUAUGAUGUUUGUCAUGGACGUAUGA